CAAAAUUGUCACUUUUUAUUUACCAUGUCAUGAAUUUCUUGGGUGGAUUUACGAUUUUUUAUAGAUUUGUGAUAAUUACCUUGAAAAUAUAAUUAAUUAUUACUGUUCUUUAAAAUAAAAAUGGUAUGGAGGACAACUCUAAAUCUUGUAACAAGCCAACUUGGCAAAACUGUGUUCACUGUCCAAGACUACUUUUCACUUCUGCCACGGAAUUUGAAAGGCACAUUCAAGACAAGCACAGCAUCAAAGAGGGAUCUAUUAUACUCUGUCAGUAUGGCCAAAAUGGGAUGUGUUCAUCUUUGCAAUUCGGUGAUUUGCGAAAACCAGGCUUUAAAUAUCACGUAAGAGAAUACCAUUUGUACACAAAAAAUCCAAAUGAUGACUGGACCUUCUAUUCAUCCUCCCAAAACCUUCCAGCAGUAUUAAACGAUCCUAACAAAGGAAAACAGAGCAAUUUCUUCACGAAGACUUGGGGAGACAAUUUUAUUGAUAAAGUUGAUAUAUAUCCUAGUCCAUAUUUACCAGAAAUCACUUUAGCACACUUUGAAUCUUAUUGCAAAAGGGUUGCUAAAAAAUAUCGCCGUCAUUGUAGACUCAAAGAAAGUAUUCCAGUUAAAAAUAAAACACCUACUGUAGAAAAUGUAUGUGAGGUACCUAGCAUUUUCUAUGAACAAUCUCUACCAUUAAAAGACCCAGAUGUAUUCAAGCAAGUUUUUCCUAGUCUUUGUAAUUCUGAAGAACCAAGCAUUGCUAUAAGAUCACUUCAAGAAACACUCAGCACAUAUUUAGAUGUCAUUGAGAUGAAAAUUUCCAAGCAAGUAGCUCAAAAAUCUGAUGCAUUUUUUCAUGCAAUGCUGUCUCAUGAUACAAUAAUGGAACAGAUGGCUAGAGCAGUAUUUACAGUCAGAAAAACCAGACAAAAUAUUACACAUGUGAAAGGUAAUCUUACUGAAUGCCCAUUAAAGUUAUCAAGUUUGACAAGAAUUAAUCAUAAUUUGAAUAAUGUACAUGAAAUUUUGAAAUUAAUGGGUACGGUACAACAGACACAGCCAAUGAUACAGCUACUUUUAAGUACAUCUGACUAUGUAGCUGCAUUGGAUUUAAUUAGUUCUACUCAAAAGGUAUUGUCAACCCGCUUAGCAGGUAUACAAGCAUUCCGUCAUUUAUCUCCACAACUAACUGAAAUGAAGAGGUUGAUACACAAAAUGUUGAGCAAUGAGUUUUUAAGGUUCAUUGUUACUGACCUUAACAGGCCACCAAAAGAUGAGGCAGAAAUACCAGAGAGAGAAAAAGUUGUGUCAAUUGUAUCAGGGAUCCUACGUCUGAAGGAGUUUGAUUUUAUCGAUACCUUUAAAAUUGAGGCAAUGACUUCUAUUCAAGCAACAAUCAAACAAUCUGUCAUUGAAAUAAUUUCGGAAAGAGAAGGAAACACAGAAAUAGUUUUAAGAGGAUCAAAUGCAGAUAACAUGUGGCUGCUGUGUAAUGAAGGUAUAACAUUUCUGCAGAAAGUUACUCCAAACCUAAUUAAUUUAUUCAAAAGAAUACUGGCACUAAAUAAUUUGAUACUAGAAAUAACACAAAUGGAUGAUGUUACUGGCAAUGAUAGUGAAGACAUGUGGACACCAGAAGAGCUACUUACUGUUGAAGAAAAGUUAAAAAAAAUGAUUGGAUCAUUAUCUGACUAUUGUAAUGAGAGAUGUGCUAAUCUCAUUGUAACUAAAACUGACAAGGACUAUGUAUUUUCUGAUAUGUCCCAAUUAUCAAUCUUGUCUAAACUUAUUGAAAACUUCUGUGAUGAAUGUGAAAAAAUUACUGGACAUUGUAGCAAUGCAAUGAAAUUGGCACUUCGGAGUUAUGCAAUGAAGUACAUACAAUGUCUACAUACUGAACGUAGGACUCAACUAACUUCUGCUCUUAAUGUUGAGCGAUGGAAAGCUGCAGAUGUCCCUUGUGAAUUGCAAAGUGCAAUAAAUACGAUCCAUGAACUUGGUGAAAUACCAAAUGCUUUACAAUAUGACAGUGGUAAACCAGAUGGAAAGUAUUUAUUAAUAAAUAAGGAGAGUUAUGCUGUUGUAGCUACAGUCCAGCUGUUAAUAAAAAUUUUGCUAGAGUAUUGUGAUGCAACUAAACAAUCUCCAGUUAUAGUUCAGUAUUUGGUGCACUGCAUGUUGGAAUUGAUCCGAUUAUUCAAUUCCCGGUGCUGCCAAUUGGUACUAGGUGCUGGUGCUAUACAAAGUGCUGGUUUAAAAACUAUAUCUACAUCAAACCUUGCAUUAGUGUCUAGGUCUCUGCAGGUUGUCAUGUGGUUUCUACCCAAGAUAAGAUGGUUGCUAGAAAAACAACACUCUAAAGAGCUGUCAUUAAAUGGUUUUAGUAAUAUAGAAAGUGAUAUAGUAAGCCAUAAGCAGGAAAUAGAGAAUAAGAUUUGUCUCAUAGUAAGUAAUAUGCUUGCAUCUCAGUUAACAGGGUGGGAUGCUAAGCCCCCUGUUCCAUCUCAAACAUUCCGAAAUAUCUCUAAACACUUGGUUAAAUUACAUGAAGCUCUCAUUGAUAUCCUGCCCAAUGAACAAAUAAGGACCAUUUAUAAAAGAGUACAUGAUAAUUUCAAAGAUAAACUCCGAGAACAACUAGUGAAGAUGAACAUAGUAGCUAAUGGUAGUCCUCAGCACGGUGUUGUCACUUCAGAGUUAACAUUUUAUUUACAAACCCUUAAGACACUACGGGUGAUAAAUGAAAACGAUGCUGAAGAUAAUAUAUUGUAUGAUAUUUGGUUAAAUUAAGUAUACAGGUAUAUAUAAUGUGGUAGUAGAAAGAUAUUCUGUAGCCAUUUUUGUAAAAAGUAUGUUGUAGGUAUUCAAUUGAAAUACUAUUUAUUUAUAAAAAAAAUAAGUACCUACUUCUUUGCAAUGUCUUUGGUAAAUUUAAAAAAAAAACUUGUAAAUGGCCAAAGAAAAUUUUGCAUUGUCUUAUUACAUGAUUAUAUAGAUAAUAAAACUGAUGUAAGAAUAUGCAUUAUGUAAAUAAAAUAUGUUGAAUAAGUUUCAA